AUCUCAGUUCAGUUUCAUCGUGCAUGCUAGAGUAAUUAGAUCUUAACGCCAACGCUGUCACGAAAAUGCGACUUCGAGCGUCGCGGAAAGUGUUCAAUUGCAUUUGCGCGCCAUCGAAAUGGGUCGUUCUUCUCGUAUGUUUCCUCUCAUUAGCGUCGGGCAAUGGGACAUUCAAAAGUGCAUUCGGAUUGAAUUCGGCCGAGUCGAUGGAGACCUACAAUGCGGAGAGCGCUGAGCUAUCGCCGCAGGACGAGAAGACGUUAGUGAAAAUACCUCUGGAGCUCGAAGAGUUCGUCACUGAGAAAGCAGACCCAAUUCCCGAUGAGAAAAAGAGCAAGACAAAUCCGGCCCAGGUUUUGCCAAAAACUGAAAAUGCUUUUACAUCGAAAGGUAGCUCAGAAGUAGACAGUUUACCCGACGUUCAGACCAUUUCCGAUAAAAUGACAGGCGAAAAAAUUGAAAAAUAUAUAAGAUACGAUUCGGAUUCACCCGAGGCUGACAGAUACGCGCCUCGUCCAGAGGACAGUCCGAUUGUUUAUACAAUAACAGAAGAUCGGUUGAGACAUAUUCGAUCUAAAUUCAUGUACUGGUACUUUGAUAAGAGUGAUAAAGAUAAUGAUCAUGGAGAUUACCAAACAGCACUACAAGCAACAACGUUACAAAUUCAUAAGAACCUAAACUUCCAAUUGCCUUUCUUCGGAUUUAGAUUUAAUUAUACAAGAUUAACCGUUAACGGAUAUCUGGAGUUUAGCGAUCCACCGGCACACUUCACGUAUCCCCUCGUUUUCCCGGUGAAAGAUUGGCCCAUGAAAAACGAUCCGAGCUUCAUCGGUAUCUUCUUCAGCAAAUGUCGUAUAGGCAAAUUGAGAGAGACAGACAGCGAUAGAAGGAAACCGGGCGUUUAUUUUAGACUCGAGAGAGAUUUACAAGGCAGAACCGAUCAGUUCGGCGUGGAGAUGCGAGAACGCCUUAUGUGGGACAUUCGCGAAGGUGUUGUUGGUUCGGAUUCCUUCGUACCUAAGCACGCAAUUAUAGUCACUUGGAAGAACAUGUCCUUUACGGGUGGCAUCGACACGGCGCUUUACAGGACUAACACGUUCCAAUUAGUAUUGGCUACCGACGAAGUCUAUACUUACGCUAUGUUUAAUUACCUCAAUUUACAAUGGUCGAGUCACACGGAAGCAGGUGGUGACACUACUCAAGGCGAGAAUGGAGUGGCCGCAUACGUGGGUUUUAACGCUGGAAACGGUACUCGUAGCUACGAGUAUAAGCCUUACUCGCAAGUGACUACAGUCAGGGACUUAACGAGCAGAGGAUGGGCGAACGGUUUUCCAGGUCGACAUAUUUUCAGAAUAGAUGAAAAUAUAAUGUUGGGCAACUGCAAUAAAGAUACUUCUGGAGCUCAUAUACCAUUGGUUUUCGCUCCGGAGAGCGGAAACAUGCUGGGCGGCACCAUCGUCAACAUCACUGGUCCAUGCUUCAACGAAACCCAAAAAAUCAUGUGCUAUUUCGAAGACGUCAUGGUGAUAGGCACAGUGGUAGACAGAAAUCGUGCGAUUUGCGUGCAGCCGCACUUGAAGUACGAAGGCUAUAUACGUUUUCUUGUCAGUCUCGCUAACAACAACGAUAAUAACAAAUGGAGGGGCACAUACUUUGUUGAAACCCCAGCCACAGCGGCGAUGAAGAUCUUCUUCAACGAUAAAGAUGCUGUUCACAUGAAGGAUCCUGCGGAAAUUAAAAUCACGUGGGACGCCUAUAAUUUGACCAGUAACUUCGGCGCAGGUGUUCAGAUCUCGCUAUGGGGAUACAGGGAAGUCAAAACCACACCCGAAUUCGAGUUUAUCACGUUGCUGGAGAAAGCACAUACCAAUACCGGUAGCUACGUCAUCAAGCCAGCCAGAUACCGGGAACAGUACAACCCAUAUCACUUGGAUAUGAUCUUCGGCUUUUUACAAAUCAACUUGACCGAGCCGCAUUUGUACUCCGGACUCUCGAUAUCACCGAGCUUGUGGAGUAGACCGAUACCACUUGGUUGGUACUUCGGUCCGCAAUGGGAACGAAUGUACGGCUCGAAGUGGUCUCAGAAGCUUUGCGAUCAGUGGAUUAUGAACGACAGAUAUCUCAAAAACUUCGCCGCCGAAGUAGCAAUCUGUCCUUGCACUUUGGAGCACGCUUUAAAUGAUAAAGGCCGUUUCCUUCCCGAUCUUGACUGCGACAAGGAUUCGAAUAUAGAAUGUUUUUACAACAAGCACGCAAAACACUGCGUGAAGACGGGUGCGCCCAACAUGGAUGGCUCCGAGCAACAAUGUUGUUACGACAAGUUGGGUUAUCUAAUGCUGACUUACGACCAACAAUGGGGUUCGCGACCGCACCGGUCUCACAAUUUGGGCUACAUACCGUGGAACGAAGCCAACAAGGUACCAACUUUGUCGCAUUGGUACCACGACAUGGCGCCCAUGUACACGUGCUGCCUCUGGCAAGAGGAGCAGGCUGUCGGUUGCGAGACUUUACGAUUCGAGAGGAGGCCGUCGCAAGAUUGCAUUGCCUAUCAAGCACCUGGAGUGGCGACAGUGUUCGGUGAUCCUCAUAUCGUCACGUUCGACGGCCUGGAAUACACGUUCAAUGGCAAAGGCGAAUUUGUUCUGCUGCGAGUGAAUCACAUCAAAGACAAACUCGAUGUGCAGGGUAGAUUCGAGCAACUUCCUCACAACGCCUACGGUCCGGUGCCGGCGACGCAUCUUACCGCAGUAGCGAUGAGAGGCAAUAAUUCCGAAAUCAUCGAAGUUCGCUUGAGACACAAAGACGCGCAGUGGAGAUAUCGGCUCGAUGUUCUCGCGGGCGGUAAGAAAGUAUACUUCGACAGACCAGCCUUGAAGUUUCAGCAUUUCUCCGGUGUCCUUGUUUAUACACCGACAUAUAUUUUAAAUCAAAGCGAGGUUAUUGUCAUGUUUGACACAGGCGCCGGUAUGGAGAUCGUGGAGAACGAAGGUUUCUUAUCCUUGCGAACGUAUUUGCCUUGGUCGUAUAUGAAUAAAACUAAAGGCCUAUUCGGUAAUUGGAAUUUCGAUAUUACGGACGAUUUGAUGACCCCGAAUGGAUAUCGAGUACCAAUAAACAGUGUGAAUCAUUCGGAAACAAUUCACAAAGAUUUCGCAAUACACUGGAUGCUAGAAGAUAAUGCGAAUGAACUCGUAGGGAAUGCUUUAUUCACCAGGGACUUUGGUAGAUUGUCGAGUUUUUACUCUAAUCGCAGUUUCGUGCCAGAAUAUCGAAAGUAUCCGAAAGAGAUACUUCCGGUGAAUAGAACGAAGGACAUCUUACGUGCGAGUGAAUUGUGCGGCGAUUCGUACCAGUGUCAGUACGACUACGCAAUGACUUUAAAUCGGGAUUUAGCACAUUUUACCAAAAAUUACUAUGACACUUACAGCAAAAUAAGAGCGUCAAAUAGCAAAGAAGUUAUAUCCUGCGGUGUACUGGAAACACCACGAUUUGGCCGCAAGAACAAUUUCAAGUUUACCCCGGGAACAAAAAUAAAUUUUGAGUGCAAUCAGGGUUUUAUCCUCGUCGGCGAUCAACGUCGGGUAUGCACGCCAGAAGGUCGAUGGAACGUACCGGAAUACGGAUACACGGAGUGCCUUCGCCAGCAGGAAUACAGUUCUCGUGAAGCGGGCGUUACAACUGGCAUAAUACUCGCUUGUCUGGUUCCAAUUUUACUGGUAGUCAUUUGCGUCGGGCAUAAGAUUCUCAGGAACCGUAGGGCGGAACGAGAGAAUGAGGAAGCCCUGGCAAGAACGCGGGCCGCGGAACUGCAGCGAUUGCGGAAGAUCGGCGAGGAGGACGAGCCUAUGCCUUACACGAGCAAAGCUACGGAAAUCAAUUGAUUUUAUUCCCGAAUUCUUAGGGAAGUAGCGCUAUUUUACAUCACCUCUUUCUUUUUUUGCAUCUUUCAUAUUCACUCUAUUAUAACUUACUCCAUCCGACAUCGUUUCACACUUACGUUGAACUUAUUUAAAUAUAUUUUUACGAGAGAAGAAGGUAAAAGUAGAUAGAUACAUAAGGAAAUAGUUUUUCGCGAGUGUAUUACUUGUUUUUUUAUAUAAUCUACGAUACUGUUAUAUGAUAUACGAUUUACGAUACAGAAUAGCUGAACUUAAACGUCGCGACGCUCACGUGCAAAUAGAACUCAUUAAAUUAAAUGUCUAUUUUGCACAAACUGCAAAUAUUUUUGAAAUAUUAAUUAAAGGAAUAUUCUGAUUUAUAUAUGGUGUCCCAGAACAGCCUUCGUAGCUUUCGUGGAGGAAUAAUACGGAUUAAGGUAAACAUAAAAGUCUUAUAUCAUUUUGCGAUAUUCGCAAUAAUUAUCGUGAUAUUAAUUAAAGAAGAUUUGUGAAUGAUCACGCGAAGUGUGAAUUAAGAAAAGUCUUCUACCUUUUUCUCAAUAAUUUUGUAGAUUUUUAGUUAUUAAUUAGAUAACAUUAAUACAUUAUCGCGAGCGAUUAUCUAUUAAUCUUUUUUAAUUAAUAAUUAAAAAUCAACAAAGUUAUUAGAAAAAUAGUAGAAGACUUUUUUGUUCAGUUUGAUCUAAUUUACAAGCACACGAUAGCAAAUGUUGCUACUACCUCUCCUAUAUAUACUAUAUCUCGCCUAAUCACUCAUAAAUCGUAUUUAAUUAACAUCUCGAUAAUUGCGAAUAUUACAAAACAGUAUAGGACUUUCGUAUUUACCUAAAUCCAUACUAUGCUUUCAGAAUUUCGAAGAUUGUUCUGGAACACUCUGUACAGCCAAGAAAAUAGGAGAUCCUUACGAAUUUUUUUCAAAGGAAUAAAUAGAUAUAUAAAGUUUUGACCAUAUUAUUUAUUAUUGUUCUACAUAUAAAGAAAUACUAAAAAAUUGAAAUUUGGUCCUAGUAUUAUGUGUUGGAUGCAAUUUCACCGAACGUCUCUAACCAGUGACAAAAAAAUUUGAAAACUGUAUUAAAUCUAUUGAAGGAUGUACCUAAAUCUUCUCGAUUAUAUACAAAGUAUUUUUUCGAGACAUCAAAUAAAAAAGAAAGAGAAGCAAAACAUAUAACUUCGAAUGUUGCUACUUUGUCAAAUUGGCAAAUACUACUUUGUCAAAUACAUUUUCUGUAUGUAACAACCUCAAUAGUAUAAAUCUUCCAGGACAUCCCAAAGACGUCUAGAGGACGUCCUUAUGCCCUAAGGACGUUCGUAGGAUAUCCAUGAAAUAUCGUGUGCUGUUUGGCAAAGGUUCAUUCUCUAGCAAACUUAAUACAACUUUUAAAUUUCCUGGUUCUACUUAUUUCAAAUUAUUACACGAGCUGUAAUGUUGUCUGCCGUCUGAUGACGAUGCUUUCAGUAUAAAAAACCUGGACGGAAUUUUAAUUUUUUAAAGUAAUUUUUUAUACUUGAAGCAAUAAUAAAUACAUGGUCGGAACUCUAUAUCGAUAACUUUAUUUAUUUUUUUUUUAAAUUCUUACAAUUUCUUAUUUUUUUCAGUUAUUUAAACCAGAACUUUACUUUUAAAAAAAAUUGAUCGAUGUAUGCGAUGCGAUAGAACAAACUCUGUAUAGCGGACUAAAAACGCACAUCUUGAACUUGUUUUGUGAUCUUUAAACAAUGACGAAUAUAGACGAAUAUAGACAAAUAGCCCAAGAUCAUGUACAUGUAACGCAAGACUAUACUUUUCUCUGUUUGCAAUAUUAAUCUAUCUUUUGCUCUCGACUAAUAUCCACCGUUGUUAGAAAACAAUUAAUAAGCCUAAGACAUAUUUCUUCAGACUAUCUGCAAAGUUUUUCCUAUCACAUCAUACAUGUUCAUUCGCUAAUCUUUCUUAACUAAAAUCUUAAUAAUUGCCGAAAUAAUUUACAAAAUUGUAGAAGAUUAUCCUAUUUAUUUUAACGAAUUCUAUUUGCACAAGAACGUUGCAACGUUUAAAUCCAGAUAUUCUGUAUACAAGGUAUUUGAUACAACGCGUAUAUUUCUACUUAAAAUGAUGAACACAAAACGGCAAGAUAACAUAAAAAGGUCAGAGACAAGUACAUAGAAAAGUAUAUAAGUAGUAAGCAAAUUGACCAAUCAUAGUUGAUUCUUCUUACGGCCCAAGAUUCAAUGAUUCUUGGUUUACUGCUUAAGUUUUUCUGCGUGCCAUAGCCCUUAAUUUAAAUUUCAACAUAAAUCAAUGUGAAUCAAUAAGGUAAUAAUUGAUUUACAAAUUCAUAUUGAUUUAAAAAUUUAUAUUGAACAUAAUGUAAUCUUAUUGUUUUAUGUUUAUCAUUUUAAACAACGGUCUGCUCUUUUUUAUUAUGGUUACUUGGAAAAUGAUAUGUCAUAUUUUUGUUUAAUUUGAUUAGUUCUACUUACACGAGCGGACGUAUGCAUUGUAUCAGACACUCUCUAUAAUUAAUGUUAAAUAAUGAUAAAGGAGAAGACAAUUGUUGAAAAUAAUCGCAUUAACCCGAAUACAAGAAUAAAUGUUAAAUUUUUAUAGAUUUCUCAAA